AUUUACUACGACCCAACGUGAAGGCGUUACCUAGAAAAACACCGAUUCGAGGAAAGUGGGUCCCAUACGCAUGUUCGAUCGUUCGUGUUCAUGUUCAUGGCAUGUUCUGUUGUGUGUGACACACCUCAAACCCAAACCCAAACUCCUUCUCUGCUUUCUUCUUAUUCGCUCUUUCUUCGCCCCUUCAUUUAUAUUCCAAUUCCCGAAUCUUUCUUUCGAUCUUUUUAUCACAUUCCGAAACAAAAUUCCCUUUCUUUCCUUCUGGGGAAUCCUUAUCGAGUGCACAAUGCUGUGUGACUGACUGAUCACAAACACAACACAGACAAAAAAACAAAAUUUUUCUUCUUCUUUCGCCACCCUCUUGCGCUUUCUCUCAGAGUGUGUAAGGUUUUGGAAAGCUGUCCAAGAACGUGAUUCUGGGUGGGUGCAGGAUCAACGUUUUUGGAGUUAUCACAACCGCGGUAACAUUCAGAUUUUUGGAGUCGUCGAGAGCGUUUUUGUCUGCAAUUUCGGUAAUUGUGAGGAAACCGCAUCGUGACCUUAUGGGUUUUGUUUCGUGGCUUGCUGUGUUGUUGUUGUUCUGUGUGGGGUUUGAGUGUGCGUGGUGUCAAGAUGAUGCUGUGAUGAACAAAUUGAAGAAGGCCAUCAAUGAACCCAGUGGUCUGCAAUGGAAUGACCCAGAUGUGUGUAACUGGAAACAUGUUAAGUGCAGCGCCAUGAAGAGGGUUACUGCAAUUCAAAUUGGGGGACAGAGUUUGCAAGGUUCUCUGCCUAAGGAACUGGCGCAGCUCUCAGAGUUGACACGAUUUGAGUGCAUGAGCAAUGACUUCACUGGGCCAUUUCCUAACAUGCCAAAGUCCCUUGAGGUUCUGCUCAUCCACAACAACAAUUUCCAGUCCUUACCGGGUGAUUUCUUCACCGGCAUGACCAAUUUGCAGUAUGUCAGCAUUGGCUACAACCCUUUUUCCCAGUGGAGGAUUCCUGAUAGCCUCAAGGACUGUGUGGCUCUCAGGAGUUUCUCUGCAACCAGUGCCGGUUUGGUGGGGAAAAUCCCAGAUUUUUUUGGUAAAGAUGGUCCCUUCCCAGGUUUGGUUUCUCUUAUCUUGAGUUUUAAUUCUCUUGAAGGAGGAUUGCCUGCAACCUUUUCUGGGAGUUCUUUGGAGACACUUUGGGUGAAUGGUCAGAAAAGUGAUGGUAAACUCAAUGGUACCCUUGAUGUGUUAAAGAGCAUGACGUAUUUGAAACAAAUUUGGGUGCACGGUAACUCGUUCACAGGUCCUAUACCGGACUUCUCGAAUCAUGAUCAGCUAUAUGACGUGAGCUUGAGGGACAACCAGUUAACUGGGGUUGUUCCACCCUCUCUCACCGCUCUCCCUGCUCUUAAAGUGGUGAAUUUGACCAAUAACUUACUUCAAGGCUCUCCUCCCUUGUUCAAAGAUGGAGUGAAGGUUGAUAAUGAUUUAGACAAGGGGAUCAAUAGUUUUUGCACAGUGGAGGCUGGUAAGCCAUGCAGUCCUGUAGUGGAUGCUUUACUUUCUGUUGUUGAACCUUUUGGAUACCCUCUGAGACUGGCUGAAAGUUGGAAGGGGAAUGACCCUUGUGGUCGAAACUGGUUGGGGAUUGUUUGCUCAAAUGGUAACGUUUCCGUCAUCAACUUGCAGAGCAUGAAUCUCUCUGGCAACAUUUCUCCCAGUUUUGCUUCGCUUACAUCUGUGACAAAGCUGCUUCUUCCCAACAAUGGCCUCACUGGUACCAUACCAAGUGAACUCACCAGCAUGCCUGGUCUGGUAGAAUUGGAUGUUUCGAAUAAUCAAUUGCACGGCAAGGUGCCAUCUUUUCGUGAGGGUGUAGUUGUUAAAACUGGUGGGAAUCCUGAUAUUGGAAAGGAUAAGCCUCAAGGCCCGCCUGGCUCAAAUCCUGAGGGUAAAUCUGGUGGUCAGGUUAAGAAAAAUAAUACUGGAGCAAUUAUUGGCACUGUGUUGGGAGGUAUCAGUUUAAUUGGUUUGGGGGCUUUGAUAUUUCUUAUGUAUGGUAGAAAACGUAAGCAAGCAGGCAAAGUUCAAGGUCCUAGUGCAAUAGUGGUACAUCCUCGUUAUUCUGGGGAUGGAAAUAAUCUAAAGAUAAGUGUUGCAGAUGCUAGUGCUGGUGUUAGUGUUGGUGGUAGUGGUGUAGGAGGAAUUGGUGUACUUAGUCCAGCUAGUACUGCUCAACAUGUGGAAGCUGGGAAUAUGGUUAUUUCAAUCCAAGUUUUGAGACAAGUUACGAACAAUUUCAGUGAGGCAAACAUAUUGGGGAAAGGUGGUUUUGGCACUGUAUACAAAGGGGAAUUGUACGAUGGAACAAAAAUUGCAGUGAAAAGGAUGGAAUGUGGAAUGAUGGUUGAGAAGGGGCUCACUGAGUUUGAGUCUGAAAUUGCAGUACUGACUAAGGUUCGACACAGACAUCUGGUUGCAUUGGAAGGCCACUGCUUGGAUGGAAAUGAGAAGCUUCUUGUGUAUGAAUACAUGCCUCAGGGUCCUCUCAGUAAGCAUCUAUUUGACUGGAAAGAGCAAGGAAUACAACCAUUGGAAUGGAAGAGAAGGCUUUCCAUUGCCUUGGAUGUUGCCAGAGGUGUUGAAUAUCUUCACGGUUUGGCCCAGCAAAUUUUUAUCCAUAGGGAUCUAAAACCAUCAAACAUCUUGCUUGGGGAUGAUAUGCGGGCCAAAGUCUCAGACUUUGGAUUGGUUCGGCUGGCUCCAGAAGGACAGACCUCAUUUGAAACCAGGCUUGCUGGAACUUUUGGAUAUUUGGCUCCAGAGUAUGCAGUCACUGGACGAGUUACAACAAAGGUUGAUGUUUACAGCUAUGGAGUGAUUCUGAUGGAGAUGAUAACAGGAAGAAAAGCAAUUGACAACAGCCAACCAGAAGAGAAUGUCCACCUUGUUACAUGGUUCAGGAGGAUGCUACUGAACAAAGACUCUUUUGAAAAGAUUAUUGACCCCAUAAUGUGUAUUGAUGAGGAGGCCCUACCCAGCUGUAGGACUGUGGCUGAGUUGGCUGGCCACUGUUGUGCAAGAGAGCCUUACCAGCGUCCAGACAUGAGCCAUGUGGUGAAUGUCUUGGCACCGCUUGUUGAGAUUUGGAAGCCUUCUGAGACAGAUGAUGAAGACAUUUAUGGAAUUGACUUAGACAUGACCUUGCCUCAAGCACUCAGAAAAUGGCAGGCUGUUGAAGGAAGGAACACCUUUGAUACUUCUUCAUCAAUGCUUACCAGUGAAGAAAAUACACAAUCUAGCAUACCAACAAGGCCAUUUGGAUUUGCUAAUUCUUUUAAUUCCUCUGAUGGAAGAUGAACU